GAGUUCGAUUUUCUCGAUUUUAUUACAAGUCCAGAGACUGAGCUAGCUAGACGAACAGACUCAGUAGUAAACAGGUUGCUGGUAGAGUAUCUCUGGUCAUGAAUUGCUAGUCAACCUCGUUCUCGCGCUUUCACACCAUGGCUACGGAGGAGGAAAGGAAACGAAAGCGCCCUCUUGUGGAUUUCAGUGACGACGAUGACGAGGAUGAGGAGGUGCAGCCUCGCAAGAAGACAGUGGCCAAAGCGGAUAUGGCCAGAUCUUGCCCUUAUCUGGACACAAUCAAUAGGCAGUACCUAGACUUUGACUUUGAGAAGCUCUGCUCCGUGUCCCUCUCACAUCUGAAUGUCUACGCGUGCCUGGUGUGCGGCAAAUAUUUUCAAGGUCGGGGCAAAUCAUCCUUUGCUUAUACUCACAGUGUCCAGAUGUCUCACCAUGUCUACAUCAAUUUGAAUACACUGGAGUUCUACUGUCUGCCCGAUAACUAUCAGAUUAUUGACGCCUCGUUGGAAGAUAUCAAGUAUGUGUUACGGCCAACAUUCCAGCAGGAGCAAAUUUCCUUGUUGGACACGUCAUCUAAAGUGUCUCGAGCUCUGGACAGCACCACGUACCAGCCAGGUAUUCAAGGCCUGAACAACAUCAAGCACAAUGACUACAUGAACGUUCUGUUUCAUGCGUUUGCCCACGUUCAACCUCUGCGCAACUACUUCCUCUCUGAAGAUAGCUACUCCCACAUCAAGCCAAAGUCGGGAGACCGCCUGUUCACACUUGUUCAGCGAUUGGGAGAAGUCUUCCGAAAGCUGUGGAACCCUCUGAACUUCAAGUCUCAUGUCAGCCCGCACGAAAUGUGCCAGGCUGUCGUCUUGGCUAGUAAAAAGAAAUUCCAGAUCACAAAGCAAGGUGAAACAGUCGAGUUCAUGACGUGGCUAUUACACUCUCUACAUCAGGGGUUAGGAGGUUCAGCCAAGGAGAACACCAGUGUCGUUUCCAACACGUUCCAGGGCUCCAUGAACGUCCACUCUCGCAAGCUGCCAAUGACUGAUAAUCCAGACGAACUCAAGAAGCUGAUGCAAGAAGAAGAGUAUAAAACAACGACGCAGAAAGUGCCUUUCUUCUUCCUGACGCUUGACCUGCCUGCUCCACCUCUGUUCAAGGAUGAGUUCGAUGCCAACUUCAUUCCACAGAUUCCGUUGCUCGACCUGCUGAGCAAAUUUGAUGGCACACAGGAGAAGGAGUACAAGUCAUACAAAGAUAUCCGAAUGAAGCGAUUUGAGGUGACCAAGCUGCCUCCGUAUUUAAUUCUUGUUAUCAAGCGCUUUACCAAGAACAACUUUUUCAUCGAGAAGAACCAUACUAUUGUCAACUUUCCCAUCGGCGACCUGGAUAUGGCAGAGUUCCUAUCCAGUGAUCCAGCAGUGCAGGACGCCCACCCGCACACUAAGUACAGUCUCUGUGCUAACAUCGUCCACGAUGGUGAUCCAGGAGCUGGAAAGGGCACGUAUCGUGUUCAGCUGCUGCACAAGGGUGCCAAGCAAUGGUUUGAGCUACAGGAUCUGCACGUCACCAAUCUCCUGCCACAAAUGAUUACGCUGGCCGAAGCAUACAUUCAGAUCUGGGAACUGGAUACAACGUCCGAAGAAUGAGUGUAUCUCAGUAUCCUACUCGCAUAGCUGGUGAUGGUUCAGUGAGCUUCCUCUAUUGUCAAAUCCUUGGAGGCUAUCGUUAGGACUAUCGAGCUAGUGCAGGAUUGUGAACAUUAUGUAUUAUAGUUUGUAAUUUGAUUUCUUUAUCCGUUUGCUCAACGAUGCGUUGUGUACCGUUGCCUCGCUUUUUCCCAUUUCCAUUCUGAUUGUUGUCUAGCUGUACAUAGCUUUCUCCCUUUGCUCUGUUCACAGUUUUUUUGUAUAGAGGUCUUGUGGCCUGAACGUGGAGCUGUAUGAUUCCAACAUGCCUGGACUCCAGCAGCGCUGUGUGGCUGUUGCGGGGCCGGCUCAAUCCUGCUCUGCUAUUCUUCGUUUUUAUUCCGCGCCAUUUGCCUCUCAUACUAGGUAUGUAUAGAUCUUGCCCUGCUGUUUUACCUUCUGCUAUUCUUUCUUGAAUGACCUUGAAAGGACAAACUACCAUGCAAA